AUGUCAGAUAAAUUUAGUAUUAAUGAAAUAUUGAGAUCAAAUUAUAAUACACAAAUCACGUUAACUGAUAUACAUAAAUCGAAUGAAAUAAUAUUACCUAUCACAACAAUUACAUCAUCCAUUUCAACUAAUCAUAAUCAUAAUUAUUCAAUGACAUCAUCAGAUCAUUCAUUGAAUUCAUCGACAUUCAAAGAGUUUCUAAUAGAUUCUAAUAUAAAACAAACAUUAGAAUCAUUAACAAAUGAUAAUGAUAAAAAUAUUCAACACAUUUUAAAUUCCGCACAAUUUAAACGAUUUAUCAAUAUAUUAAAAUCAUUUAAAUAUUCAACUAUUAGUAAUCAAUUAUUGAAUGAAAUAAGAACAAAAUAUAUAGAAGAAUAUAAUAUAACAAAUCCUGUAAUUAUGAAAUAUUUAACACAUAUAUUUACUAAUAAUCCAAAUGAUAUCUUAAAUGAAUUAUCCAAAGAUAAUAUAAUUGAACCAAGACGAAUCGGACAUCCUUAUCAGAGUAGAAUACCUAGAAAACGGAAAAAACCAAGAGCAUCAUUCACAAGAUAUCAAGUGACAACACUUGAAAAAAAGUUUCAUCAACAAAAGUACUUGGCUUCGACUGAGAGGAAUGAGCUGGCAAACUUGUUGAAAAUGACUGAUGUACAAGUGAAAACAUGGUUUCAAAAUCGUCGAACGAAAUGGAGGAGACAAACAAAUGAGGAACGUGAAACAGAAUGGAGGGCCACAGGACGUUUUUUAUUAAGUUUACAUUCUCAGCUGAAUUUACUUAAAGAAAACUUACAUAUGAGUAACAGUCAAACAUUUUAUUCCACGGUGAGCGGUUAGACAUGUUCAAGAAUAACUAAAAUCAACUGAAAUAUGUAAACUAUUAAGCUGAUAUUCCUUGAAUUGAGCUUUUUCUUUAUCGUUUGGUCAUACACUCAUCUAACCUAUUGACUUUGUACUUUUUAAUUGAGAUAAACGUUUGUACAUCUAUCUAUGGUGUUCAAUCAGAUUGGAUCGCCAAAACGAAUAUUAGCAAUUAACCCCCAUUAAAAGCAUCACUUAUUUAUUACAUCUAUAACUUUUUCUUCUCGCUUAAUUAUCUUGGAUUCAUGGUGAUUUAUAGGCAUUGGAAAACCACGUUAAAAACAACUUCAAUAAAAGACUGUCAAGAUAAAUGUGGACACGGAAAAAUCUGUGCGAAUGAACAAAUGAUAUGCAAAAUUGUACUGUAGAAACAGAUGGCAGCGAAAUUCAUCACGAACCAAAUUUAUCAAGAAAAACAUUGAAAUAUUAUGAUAGUCUUUAAAUCCAUUGAAAUGUACUGUUUUGACAGAAUUUGAUUUCAUGCUUUUCCAUGUCACAAUUGAGCUCG